CGUCACUUAGCAGGUAUCUGAGCGAUCAGUUGAGGUUUGGGGACCAUGCAUGGUGUAAAGCGAGUUCAAUAUAGUAAAGAGGCUCUUGAAGCGAAGAGACAACGAGAUCAAGCCAAGCUUAAGGAAUAUCUCGCUCUCACACAUGACAUCCUAUCUCGAAAAAAGAAUAAUGACAUGUGUCGCGAGGCAUUUGAGCUGACGACGCGCUUGCUGCGGGUUAAUCCCGAGUUCUACACUGUCUGGAAUUACCGGCGCCAAAUCUUGGAGAUAGACAUGAUCCCCAAGAGCUCAGCCGCCGACACAAAUGACCUACUUGCUGAAGAUCUCAAUCUUACGACUGCUUUGCUCAAACAGCAUCCUAAGGUGUAUUGGAUUUGGAACCACCGCAGAUGGUGCUUGGAACAUGUUCCGAAUGGGCCAACAGAAGAGGACUCCAAUGGCUGGAGGAUGGCCAACUGGAACAAGGAGCUUUUUGUCGUGGAGAAGAUGCUUGAAGCUGACGCCCGCAAUUUUCAUGCUUGGAACUACCGAAGAUACGUGCUAGGGACUAUGCCCGUUCGCCGCUCGGAGCUUUCCGAGCUGGCAUACACCAGCCGCAAGAUUGAAGCCAAUUUCUCGAAUUUUAGCGCCUGGCACCAACGUUCUAAGGUCCUUACGGCCCUUUGGGAAAGCAACACAGUGGAUCCUGUCAAGUCUAAGGAAGAGGAGUUUGAUUUGGUCAAGAAUGCAAUGUACACAGAUCCCGGAGAUCAAAGUGUGUGGAUCUAUCACAGGUGGCUGGUUGGAGAUGGCGGUGAAGCCGCCCUGCUGAAGCGGGAGAUCAACACUAUACAGGAGCUGCUCAAUGAGCAACCUGACAGCAAAUGGUGUAUGGAGUCACUCGUUCACUACAAGCGCCUGCUUCUGCAAAAGCAUACUACCAGCUUCCAGCCUGGCGAACAAGUCAACCUCGUCGAGAGCUGCAUUGGUCUACUUCAGGAGCUCGGAGCUCUGGAUCCAGCGAGACGGCAGCGGUAUAAAGAAUCAUCCGAGCAUAUAACAAGACUCUCUACAUGAUUCCUUUGCUAUCCAGACUGAACUGUGUAAUAUGUAACAAUAUCCCGGAUGGGAAAUGUUCA